CCUUCAACCCCGCUCUCUCUCUCUCUCUCUCACACACACACACAUAUACACGCGCACACAAGAAAAUUCUAGGGUUUCAAUUCUCUCUUUCCUAAACUCGCCUCCAUCCCCAAGAUUUCUGUAGCUUUCCGGAGGAAAGCCGGCUGGGGUUCGGAGAGAUGGAUUGCUUCUCCUUCGUCUUGCGGAUCGCCAUGCGUCGCUGGCCCACGGUACUCGUCGAAUAGGCCGCGCCGCUCGGCUCCACCGAUCGGUGGCAGGGUUUUGCAAGGUGGCCAUCGGGGUAGAGGUCUACCAUCCGGGGGGCGAUGACGACGGCCCGGUUGGGGAAAGGCUGAGUUAUCGGGCUUUGAAUCGAUGGCAUUGGGAGAUCUGAUGCCGUCCAGGUUGUCUGGGUCUUCGGCGUCCGUUUCGAACCAUUUGGAUGGCUUGUCCGGCGGGGAGGACGGGGCCGGGGCCGGGGAUGCGGCCUCGCAGAGGACCGAGCCUGAGGUGGCGGCCCCGGCAGGGGCCAACCUGGGCGUGAGGGCGUCUGGGGCGACGGCUACUGGCAUGGCUUACUUGCCCCACACGGUCGUGCUAUCCGAUUUCCGGCAUGAGGGCUUCGAGGAUUGUGCGGCGGUGGGGCCGUCAGACAAUGGUUUGGUGUCUAAGUGGCGGCCCAAGGAUCGGAUGAAGACUGGGUGUGUUGCACUUGUGUUAUGUUUAAAUAUUGGUGUUGAUCCACCAGAUGUUAUAAAAAUUUCUCCAUGUGCCCGAAUGGAGUGCUGGAUGGAUCCAUAUUCUAUGGCUGCUCCAAAGGCACUUGAGACAAUUGGAAAGGCAUUGCAAGUACAGUAUGAACGCUGGCAACCUCGGGCUCGUUAUAAACUUCAACUGGAUCCCACCGUGGAGGAAGUCAAGAAGCUUUGUAAUACCUGUCGCAAAUAUGCUAGGUCAGAAAGAGUUCUAUUUCAUUAUAAUGGACAUGGAGUACCGAAGCCUACAUCUAAUGGAGAAAUCUGGGUUUUCAACAAGAGUUACACACAAUAUAUUCCAUUGCCUAUCAGUGAGCUUGAUUCUUGGCUUAAAUCUCCUUCAAUAUAUGUUUUUGACUGCUCUGCGGCAGGGAUGAUCAUCAGUGCCUUUUUAAAGCGGCAAGAUUCAAACUCUUCUGGUGCUUCUGUUUCCUCAUUAAAAGACUGUAUUCUGCUUGCUGCUUGUGAAGCUCAUGAGACUCUUCCACAGAGUGCUGAAUUUCCUGCUGAUGUUUUCACAUCAUGCCUUACAACUCCAAUUAAAAUGGCAUUGCGAUGGUUUUGUUCUCGCUCUUUAUUUCACGGAUCUCUUACCCAUUCUCUUAUUGACCAAAUUCCUGGCCGUCAAAAUGACCGAAAGACACUUCUGGGAGAGCUGAACUGGAUUUUCAUUGCUGUUACUGAUACGAUUGCAUGGAAUGUCCUACCUCAUGACCUUUUUCAGAGUCUGUUUAGGCAAGAUCUGUUAGUUGCUAGUCUCUUUCGCAAUUUUCUACUCGCUGAGCGAAUAAUGCGAGCUGCAAACUGUUCCCCAGUUUCUUAUCCAUUGUUGCCACCAACUCAUCAGCAUCAUAUGUGGGAUGCAUGGGACAUGGCUGCUGAGAUUUGCUUGUCUAAGCUUCCACAGCUGAUUGCUGAUCCAAAUGCUGAAUUUCAGCCAAGCCCUUUUUUCACUGAGCAACUGACAGCUUUUGAGGUGUGGCUGGAUCAUGGUUCCGAACAUAAGAAGCCACCAGAGCAAUUGCCAAUUGUUCUUCAGGUUUUACUAAGUCAAUCUCAUCGAUUCCGAGCACUAGUACUCUUAGGAAGAUUCCUUGAUAUGGGAGCUUGGGCUGUGGAUCUGGCUCUAUCUGUUGGGAUCUUUCCGUAUGUUUUAAAACUUUUACAAACUACUGCAAUGGAAUUGCGUCAAAUUCUUGUGUUCAUUUGGACCAAGAUUCUUGCUCUUGAUAAGUCUUGUCAAGUAGAUCUUGUGAAAGAUGGAGGCCAUGCAUAUUUUAUCAGAUUUCUUGAUAGCAUGGAUGCCUAUCCGGAGCAGCGGGCAAUGGCUGCUUUUGUUUUGGCAGUUGUUGUGGAUGGACAUCGGCGGGGACAAGAAGCAUGUAUUCAAGCAAAUCUGAUACAUGUUUGUUUGAAACAUUUGCAACUUGCUAAUCCAUGUGAUGGACAAACCGAACCUUUACUUCUUCAGUGGCUUUGUCUUUGCCUGGGAAAACUGUGGGAGGAUUUUCCAGAAGCGCAAAUUAUAGGUAUGCAAGCAGAUGGACCAGCAACAAUUGCACCUUUAUUGUCAGAGCCACAGCCCGAGGUCAGAGCUGCAGCUGCUUUUGCAUUGGGCACCCUUAUUGACGUUGGAUCUGUCUCAUUUGGUGAUGGACAUGGAGGUGAUGAGGACUUUGAUGAUGAUGAAAAAAUAAAAUCUGAGCUGAAUAUUGUUAGAAAUCUUCUACAAGCUUCUGGGGAUGGGAGUCCCUUGGUUAGGGCUGAGGUCGCUGUAGCUCUUGCCCGCUUUGCCUUUGGUCAUAACAAGCAUCUGAAGUCAAUUGCUGCUGAAUACCUGAAGCCUCAGUCUAACUCCCUUCUGAGCUCCUUGCCAUCUUUGGCUAAUGUUAAUAAUUUUAGUGGCUAUUGUCCCAGUCAACUGAUGCAGGUAGGAAGCACCAUUUCCUCACGUAUUGGUCCUGUAUUGAGAAGUAGUAGUGACAGCACUGCUGCUGGUCGAGAUGGUAGGAUAUCGACAAGUAGUCCCAUUGCAUCAACUGGUAUGAUGCAUGGUUCUCCACAAUCUGAUGAUUCUUCUCAUCAUUCUGACUCUGGUAUAUUGAUAAAAGAAACUACUACUAAUGGGAUCAUCAAUUGCUCUAGAUCAAGAACUCUUGACAGUGCUCUAUAUUCUCAGUUUAUUUUGGCCAUGUGUAACAUCGCAAAGGAUCCAUCUCCUCGUGUUGCAAACCUUGGCCGAAGAACACUCUCUAUAAUUGGUAUUGAACUAGUGGUUGCAAGAACUGCAAGGUAUGGUGGUGGGGGUAUACACCAAGGAGAUUCUUCAGCUCCAUCUCAGUACUCUAAUCUUUCUGGAUUGGCUCGCUCAUCUUCAUGGUUUGACUUUAAUGCCGGUCAUUUAUCAAUGACAUUCCGGACACCUCCUGUUAGCCCUCCUAAGCAAAAUUAUCUGACAGGAUUGCGCCGAGUGUGCUCUUUAGAGUUCAGGCCACACCAACUAAAUUCUCCAGAUACUGGAUUAGCUGAUCCACUUAUAGGGGCUGUUGGAUCUUCUGAGAGUUCUGAACGUAGCUUACUUCCACAGUCAAUUGUUUACAAUUGGAGUUGUGUUCAUUUUUCAAGGCCACUUCUUGCUGGCACUGAUGACAGUGAAGAAACUGUUGCUAGGAGAGAAGAAAGAGAGAGAAUGGCUUUGGAUGGUAUAGCCAAAUGUCAACACUCUUCUAAUUGUAAACUUGGUAAUCAAAUUGCUAGCUGGGAUACCAAGUAUGAAACAGGCACGAAGGCUGCAUUGCUCUUGCCUUUUUCUCCUUUUGUGGUCGCUGCUGAUGAGAAAGAACAAAUCAGGGUAUGGAAUUAUGAAGAAGCUACUCUUUUGAACUGUUUUGAUAAUCGUGAGUCAUCUGAUAGAGGAAUAUCUAAACUGUGUCUUGUGAAUGAGCUUGAUGACAGUUUGCUUCUAGUUGCUUCUAGUGAUGGAAAUGUUUGCUUUUGGAAAAAUUACACCAUGAAGGGGAAGCAGAAACUUGUGACAGCAUUUUCUGCCAUGCAAGGUCAUCGGGCUGCUGUUCGUGGCACAAAUGUAGUUGUGGACUGGCAGCAACAAUCUGGUUAUUUGUAUGCUUCGGGUGAGAUAUCAUCAAUCCUGGUUUGGGAUAUGGAUAAAGAGCAACUUGUCAGCUCUAUUCCAUCAUCAUCUGACAGUAGCAUAUCAGCACUGUCUGCUUCCCAAGUCCACUGGGGUCAUUUAGCAGCUGGCUUUGUUGAUGGUUCAGUAAGAAUAUUUGACAUUCGCGCUCCUGAAAUGCCUGUUUGCACUGCUAGACCACAUACCCAAAGGGUGGAAAGAGUUGUUGGGAUUGGUUUUCAACCUGGAAUUGAUCCGACCAAGAUUGUCAGUGCAUCUCAAGCUGGGGAUAUACAAUUUUUGGAUAUAAGAAAUCAAACUGAGCCAUAUCUCACUAUCGAUGCACAUAGGGGCUCUCUUACUGCAUUGGCAAUUCAUCGCCAUGCUCCAAUCAUUGCAAGUGGCUCAGCCAAGCAGAUAGUUAAGGUCUUCAGCCUAAGAGGAGAGCAACUAAGCAUCAUCAGAUACUAUCCUACAUUUAUGGCUCAGAGAAUUGGUUCUGUUAGCUGCCUCACUUUCCAUCCAUACAAAGUACUCCUUGCUGCUGGUGCAGCCGAUGCCUGUGUUUCCAUUUAUGCAGAUGACAGCUACCAAGCAAGAUAACCGUAUGCUGUGGGUUUUCAUUUAGAACAUUUGACAUCUAACCAAGGAACAUGGAUCUGGCAACCAGACGAACUGAGUGAGCUGAUAACUGCAGCUAUACUACAGAUCAUCAGAUUUUGGGUACAUAAACCUCUGGCCCUGCAUGUGAAAUUUGUAUCUUACAGCGUUCAUUAGCCUCCUCCUGAGAGGGUCACACCUCACCCGAAUUCCUGCAUCGCUGCUGGAGGCUCCCACAAAUAAUCAUACCUAGGUAAAAAGAUGUAAAUAAUUUCUUUAUUUGAAUGGUUCUCUUUUUUAUUUAUUUUCUUUUCCUUUGCUCAGUUUGUAAAAGUGCAUAAUUUUCAUAUGAUAAAUUAAGUACAGGUGGUUCUUGGGGCUGGGUUUGUGAUAUUG